UUGCAUUGUCCAUCCCAGCAGCCCCACCGUGUUUCCAGGCGGGGGAGCCCCUUCACCAGAGCCCCUUCCCCCCUACCAGAGCACCGAGCCCCGCCGAACACCGGAGGAGGAGAGGCACGCCGAGGAUGUAAGAUGGCAGAACUACAAAUGCUAUUAGAGGAAGAGAUUCCGGCCGGUAAAAGAGCUCUUGUGGAAAGCUACCAGAAUCUGUCGAGGGUAGCGGAAUACUGCGAGAACAACUAUGUCCAGGCCCAGGACAAACGCAAGGCCCUGGAGGAGACCAAGGCUUACACCACCCAGUCCCUGGCCAGCGUGGCCUACCAGAUCAACGCCCUGGCCAACAAUGUGCUGCAGCUGCUGGACAUCCAGGCCUCGCAGCUCCGCCGCAUGGAGUCCUCCAUCAACCACAUCUCCCAGACGGUGGACAUUCAUAAAGAGAAGGUUGCCAGGCGAGAGAUCGGCAUCCUAACCACCAAUAAGAACACAGCGCGCACCCACAAGAUCAUCGCCCCUGGCAACAUGGAACGUCCGGUGCGCUACAUCCGGAAGCCAAUUGACUACACGCUGCUGGACGACGUGGGACACGGCGUCAAAUGGCUUAAGGCCAAGCAACAGGGGAACAACGCAGCCGGACGAGGGGGGACGCUGUCCAGGACCAACCCCCCCACACAGAAGCCCCCCAGUCCCCCCAUGGCGGGCCGCGGCACCCUGGGGCGCAACACCCCCUACAAGACCCUGGAGCCAGUAAAGCCCCCUGUGGUGCCUAACGACUACAUGACCAGUCCAGCGCGCCUGGGCAGCCAGAACAGCCCCGCACGCACAGCCUCGCUCAACCAAAGGCCCCGCACCCACAGUGGCAGCAGUGGGGGGAGUGGCAGCAGGGAGAACAGCGGCAGCAGCAGCGUUGGCAUUCCUCUGGCGGUUCCCACUCCCUCCCCCCCCAGCAUGGGCCAAGUGGCCCCUGUUUCCACGGCAGUGCCCCAGGGGCCCGGCUUGGGCCCCAUCCCCAUGUCCCAGUUCGGCACCAUCUCGCGCCAGGUGUCUCGCCACAACUCGUCCUCCACCACCUCCUCCGCCUCCAUGGUGUCAGCCACGGGCACCUACCGCCGCGCCCCCUCCCUCAACUCCCAGUUCUCCAUCUCCCAGCAGCCCCACCUCAACGGAGGCCCCGUCUACCCCCCCAACCCAGUUGCUGUGGCUCCUCCCCCUCCUCCCAUGGUGCAGUUGACUCCCCAGAUCCCCCUGACUGGUUUUGUGGCCCGCAUGCAGGAGAGCAUAACAGACAGCCCGGCCCCGCCGCCCCCCCCUCCCCCGGUGGACAUGGCCCUGUUCGAGGAGCCCUCGCCCCCCCCACCCCCCCCGCCCGUGGACUACGAGGAGGAGGAGGCGGAGGCGGCCGUGGUGCACUACAACGACCCCUACGCCGACGGAGACCCUCAGUGGGCCCCCAAGGUCUACCUGGAGAAAGUGGUGGCCAUCUACGACUACUCCAAGGACAAGGAGGACGAGCUGUCCUUCAUGGAGGGCGCCAUCAUCUACAUCAUCAAGAAGAACGACGACGGCUGGUACGAGGGCGUGUCCGGCGGCGUCACCGGCCUCUUCCCCGGCAACUACGUGGAGUCCAUCAUGCACUACGCCGACUAGACCCCGACCAGCACCCCUCUAUAUAGUGAAGGAAGCCGAUUGGAUCUGUACAGGAUGAUGAGGCCGUAGCAGUUUAUAAAGCCUCCCCAACGGAGAGUCAAGUGCCAUGUGAGGUCAGGUUAUGAUUAAAACCCCACCCGAAACAUCCCACCUCAACACCCCAAAAAAAAACAGAGAGGGAACCAGUGAGACUGGUGGUUUUCUAGUGUGCGACUCAACACUCUUCAUUCCCUGAAUAAGCGAUGUGGAGGAGAAGGAAAAUAUGACAAGUAUUUUAUAUAUUUACAGUAAUUAACCGGCAAUUUAACUGUAUUGACAUAAUUACUGUUGGGACAUGUACCUGAAGAAGUGUGUCCUUUGUUUUAUUUUGAAGUUCUGUAACGUCCUCCAUGGUCAUUCUAGAGCGUCACGUCUGCUCACCCCUCUGGGGAAAAAAACAACAUCUAUUUUGGUUUUUACAAAACAGAAUGAAAUGACAAGACAAACACGAAACUUAAAGAAAAACAAAAAAAGAAACUAAAGUCAUGCAAGUGACAUUCGGAAGACAAAAAAGAAACAAAGAAGAAGAAAAGCACUGAGUGGCAGAUUUAUUUCACACUCCAGGGAAACACAAUAACAUGAAAAAACCUGUUGAGGGCGUCUUCUACUAUCUGGUGAAGUCUGUCUCUGUUAAGAUACUUUGCGUGUGUGCGUACUUUGUACAGUGAGAUGCUGUCAUGGCGUUUGUCAGUAGUGUGUGUGUGUGUGUGUGUGUCUUCUACCUGUAGUUCACCAUCGACCUGAACGCAUCGAGCGGUCGGCGGCUUCUCAUUUCUGUUACGAUUAGUGAUGGAUAAUUUAUCUGAAUGCGCUUCGGUCAGUGACGAUUCCAGUGCCAUUUUAACAUGAGAAGAGUUCUCACAUGCUAAACGUUUUGAUUUCAUCUUUGUACUAUGAAGGACAUUCAAUGCUGUCUGUUUAAUUUUGUCGUGUUAGGUGCCAGUGUGACGCUCCGUUUAGCAUGUCCCCUCCUGUCUCCCCCUCCAUGUCCCAGAGACUCACAGGCCUGAUGUUAGGACUAACAGGCCUGAUGUUAGGCCCUAUCCCCCCCAUCAGAGGGACGUUCAGGCCUGCCUGAUGAUAACACGUACAGGACAGAUGUUAGGACUAACACCCUGAUGUUAGGACUAACACCCAGAUGUUAGGACCAACACCCAGAUGUUAGGACCAACACCCAGAUGUUAGGACCAACACCCAGAUGUUAGGACCGACACCCAGAUGUUAGGACCAACACCCUGAUGUUAGGACCAACACCCUGAUGUGAGGACCAACACACUGAUGUGAGGACUAACACCCUAAUGUUAGGACUAACAGGCCUGAUUUGAGGAAUAACAGGCCUGAUGUGAGGACUAACACCCUGAUGUUAGGACUAACAGGCCUAAUGUGAGGGCUACCACCCUGAUGUUAGGACUAACAGGCCUAAUGUGAGGGCUACCACCCUGAUGUUAGGACUAACACCCUGAUGUGAGGACUAACACCCUGAUGUUAGCACUAACACCCUGAUGUUAGCACUAACACCCUGAUGUUAGCACUAACACCCUGAUGUGAGGACUAACACCCUGAUGUUAGCACUAACACCCUGAUGUUAGCACUAACACCCUGAUGUUAGGGCUAACAGGCCUGAUGUUGGGCUGUCCACUCCUUUGAUGACUUGGGUUUUCAGUUAGAUGGGAUCUAUUCAAGCUGUUCUCCAGUGGGCCCAAACACUUCAUUUUCUAUUCUGAGAAGCAGUUCCUGCUAAGGUGCUUUGAGGAGAACCUGGUGCUCAACAUGACCACCGACCACAAGAACCUCAACCCAAGGCUGUUGAACUGGUCUCUCCUUACUCAUGAAGUCUGUUUCAGCUGUCGUAUUGUUUGGUAUUGAGGGGUGACCCAUCAACAGUGUUGAAUGUAACCUUAUUAUCAUUUGUAUUAAACCAUCUUAACCGUAGUCAGGCCAUCUGUGUGUUAUAUGCACCUAUUGUACUACAGUUAGAUACAUUGUCGGUUUUCAUUGUCUUUUUAUUAUUUUUUACUGAAAUCAAUAGAUUGUUCAACAUGCAAAUGAAAGCAAGCAUAUCCUGAUUUUAACAUUAUCAUAUAUGAGUUGCAUUUUUUGGGAUGGAAUCGAUUUAAACCGUAGAAAUCAUAUAGCUUACGGAACCGAUGAGUGAAUUUCACAAAGUGAUGCGGAUGUUUUGAACCUUGAAGCGACUUCUGCAUGACAUGGCCGUGACACGCUGACACUCACCCUUCGUCUUUGGCGUUUUUAACAAAAUAAACAACAAUAUUUGGAUGAAUGUGUACUCAGCAUUUAGGGUUCACUCAUCUGUCGAUGGGAGGAGUUCAAAUCUAGUAGCUGUAUCGUACAUUCAAAGAGAAUCCCUCAAACGAAACAAUGGAAGACCAUGUAUUUCACUGGCUUGUUGACCAGUGUCAUCAGCUUUUUGUGUGUGAUGAACGUAUUGAAAGACUCACAGCUGGUGAUCCUUGUCCUCUACAUCAUCAACACGCUCUAUUCAACCGUUUCUUACAUUUCCUUCCAGGGCUAUUUGGCAUUUUUGUCGAACAAACAAAAUCAAAUAAUUUUUCUGUGACACAUUUCUAGCAAUGAAUUGGUUUCUCCUCCUUUCUUUAUUAUUUGAGUCCUACACUGCUGGGGAAGGUCUGCUUGCAGCUGUAUGUCAAUGGUUUAUUUAUUCUUUGGUUUCCUAGAGGUGAUGUUGACCCCUGGCUGAACGGUGUAAUGUUUACCACUAACCUGUGAGCUGACGUCACAGGCUCGCCUGCUCUUGCGUGUGUUUCUUUUCUUAUGACGAAAACGUGGAGAAAAGAGAAAAAACUAAAACCAAUAAACUGAUCUGUGACUUUGUUCUUAUUGGGAACAGAAUGCGUAGAUUUCUUGUCUUUCCUCCACUCAUGUACAUACAGUAUGUUCAUGGAAAUUUAUGUACAGUCCUUUUGUAAUAAACAGCCCUUAAAAACGGUGAAGACAG